AUGGCGACCUCUCUCGCUGCGCAGUUGGCGCAAGUGGCCGCAAAUUCAAAGUCGUCCUUGAGUGUCAAGGCUCAAAAAGCAGCGCACUCGAAAUCGCUAAUUUGGGAGCCCAAGAUUGCUGCCACUCAAAGCCUGCAGACCCUCUAUGCAACUUGUUUUCAGGGCUUCGAAGAUCUUUGCCAAUUGGAUGCCAGAUUUGUGCCCUUCGGAGCUACUAUAUUCAGCGAAGAGAGCCAGGACCAGGACCGAUUCCAGCUCACAUCUUCCGAAAAUGAUGAGCUCAGCCGCCAAAUAGACGCCUUUUUGCGCCUUGUUGGUGGCCGCCUCCGCCUAAUGCCAGCAGUCAAAGCUGUCGAAUGGCUCAUCCGACGAUUUAGAAUCCACGAGGAAAACACCGUCUCACUGGUCCUUGCAUUCCUGCCGUAUCAUUCCAUUUCUGCAUUCGCUACACUACUCUCAAUACUACCGCAGCCAGUUCCCCACGAACUACGAUUCCUCAAUCCAUACAUUCGAUCUCUUACUGCGCCUCCGCGCUCUAUUCUCGUGCAUCAAGCUAUCAACCACCCCGAGUUCCUGUCGCUUAUUUCAGAGUACACCCUCGAAUCCUGCCGAAAGCAACAUCACUAUCCUGCCCUGGUCACAUUCUGGGCUGGCUUGAUGACUGAAUCCGUCAAUGGCCUACUUGACAGGGCAAAAUCAGGACGCUCUGCAGUCCAGGCAGAAAAUACACAAGCUUUGCUACACAGACUGGGUCCCAUCUUCGCCGAGUCGCUCAUGAUGAAGUCGGUGCCCAGCCUUCAGAUCGCGUCUUACAUGGCCAUGACAGUGUUCGUAUCCAAGGGAAGCCUCGAGGACGCCGCAGUUACUGCGUUUAUGCAACAGACCGUGCUUGGCUGGUCAUCCGAGACGAUACGGCCUGGUCUUGUCUGCUUGACCAUUAUGGCCCAGUUUAGAUCCGCAAAGCAGAUGAACAGCAAAGUCACAAAGGCUCUCAUGAAGGUUUCGGAUGUUGGCGCUCUCCUUGUUGAGAUUGGCAAAGAGCGGAGCGUUGAUAAGCUCGCCAACGGCCUCUGCUUGGCGUUGAUCGAGCGACUUACCAAGAAGGGGGAUGCCCGUGGCCUCACAACUAUCAUGUCUAUUCUAAGCGGUGGGAUCCUUAAGGAGAAGCAGACUGUCGUAGUCUUCAAGUCUCUACUACUCACAGCUCUGAAGCUCAGCGAUGACAACGACCAGGACGGGUCUCUUAGAAGGGAACUCGGCUCUGUGCUAAUUGCACUUUCUCAAAUCUCCGGCAAGGUUGGCGAUAUUGUGCAGUCAGUCAUUAAAGAAGUCGAAUUCGACAUUGAGGAGCUCGAAAUGAAGCUUGACUUAUCUUUCCGAUCUCGCCGACAGCCCGAAGCCACCCAAGCUGAUGCGGCUCCAGUCGCUCCCCUCCAAGCCGAAACCCGUGACGAUAUCGAAAGGACCAUUGACGAUCUCAACUCGCGCUCUGAGGUUUUGUCAAUUUGCCUGGUACCCCAGCCAAGUGAAAUAUUCAACGAAUUCAGCCACCUUUUCUUCUCCAUUGUCUCUGAACACUCGAAGGACACGGCCCUGCUCUCUCGCUUUGAAGAGGGCUCUAAGUUGCGCCGCCAAACAGCUUUCAACGACUGCGGUUUCUACAGCUUCUUCAUGCGUAUUUGGUCUGGUCCGUACCCUGCUCUCGCUCGCACGGCAGCCCUGGAUGUGGUGAAGAACAAUGUGAAAGCCAGCGAGGAUGCCAAGGUUGACAUGCAGCACUUGAUCCCCUACUGCGUUACCGCGCUCUCCGAUCCUUCGAAGCGGGUCCGACGCUCUGCAGCGGAUCUUCUCGUUGUUCUCUCGAACCGAUAUACGGCAAAGGCGAGUUUUAAGUCGGUCUGGGGCGCAGGCACGCUAUACGGGGAGGCCAAGGAUGGAGAGCCUCUUGCUUCUGAUAUUGUCACCCGACUACUGCAUCUUCAGCUUUUGCCCACUAUUGAAGAAUGCGUGAUGGAUCCCAACCACAUCGACGUCGUGAUCAAGACCACCAUCGAGCAAGGCACAUACUAUGUCAAGUCUGACACUUCUUUGGGUAAGAAGGAUCAUAUGUCCUCAUCUAGCAGGCUUUCUCUGCUGUUAUUCUUCUCUGGGCAUGCUGUUGGGACUCCGAUACUUCUAGUGAAGGAAAGACUACUCAAGGUUCUAAAUGGGGUAAAGGGCGCUAGCGGCACUUCCCGAACAAAAACGCUACUGCCUGCACUCAAGUGGUGGGCAACUCUGAGCAAUAAGGAAAUCGAGACCAUGUGCCGCGCGGAACACAUUGAAAGAGCGGAAGCGGAUGCUCGGUUCGUGGAUGUUGUUGUACCAAAUGAUACGACAGGUCUUGAAUUCUUCAUUGAAACCUUGACCAGCACUGAGGUCAACGAAAAGCCUGAUCUUGUCCAGGCGAUCUUUAUCCGCAUACGGAAAAUGUGGCCGCUCAUGAAAGAUGACUCGAAGUUCACCGUGGCACAGCAGUUUCUGGAGCUUUCGCAGGAGUCGGGUGACGAGGACUCGACUCCCGUCGUAGCGACAGAGGCCUCGGACCUUCUCAGAACUGUACCUCUCACCACUGAGAUCCUGUCGCACUUCUUGGACUCAAUUCAGACCGGUACCAAGAUGAUUACAGAGCCGCCACCAAACAAGAGACGCCGCACUAGCUCUACUGACGGCAACCGUGAGCUCAUUAUGCAAGUGACUCCUGAGUUGAGCAAGGCCCUGCGCAAAGUCACCUUUGUUUUGCAGUUGGUGGACAACUCCGAGCCCAUCAAUCAUCCGGAGCUGCUCGAUGGCCUGUUUACAGCUCUCUCUGAACUGCAACACUUUAGAACUGUGGUUGGCUCAGAACUCGGCUAUUUGCAGAACCUCAUUCUUCGCAGCCUGUUGGCCAUGAUGCCUGCCUACAAAGCGAACGAGAAUCUGGAUAUCGACAGCUCAGGUGGCUACGGCGACUUGCUGGUUAACUGCAUUCAGAAGUCUUCUAGCCCUGUUGUUCAAAAUGCCGCCCUGCUCCUCAUCGCCAACCUAGCAACCACGGCUCCAAGCUUGGUGCUGCAUAGUGUCAUGCCCAUCUUUACUUUCAUGGGCGCUUCUGUCCUACGUCAAAACGACGACUACUCUGCUCACGUUGUUUCUCAAACUAUUAAGGAGGUUGUUCCGCCACUCAUCGCCAGUCUUCGCAAGGGCCAAAAGAAUCCUCUUGCGGGUGCAUCUGAUAUUCUGGUCAGCUUCACAACCGCUUAUGAGCAUGUUCCAUCUCACCGACGACCAAGCCUGUUUCUCGCCUUGGUGGAAACUCUCGGUCCCAAGGAUUUCUUGUUUGCUCUAAUUAGCAUGCUUGUCAGCCGCUACGACGCAAGCGACGACAUGCUGCAAUUCAGUGCCGAACUUCUUGAUGAGUUUAGUAUCGACAUUCAGCUCGAGACGCUGGUGAAACUUCUUGGUCUUACUGCUGACCUGUUCAAGACCAAGCCUGGUCUUUCCGCCACUCUUUUUGGAGCUGGCGAGGACGGCGAGCUUAAAGAUGUUAGCAAGGUCGCUCUUCGCCAGUUGACCGCCUUCCCCAGUCUUUUGUCAAGCAAGGCGCUUGUUUCACAGAUUGCCAAGCUUGAGGACCGCGACGAUAUGGAAGCUGCAGAAAUUCGCUCGACGUAUGCCACAUUGUUAGAGAAUGUUCUUUUGCUGUCCGAUACUGUCAAAGCCAACAAGGCUCUCCGCGCCCGCUGUGGGGUUACGCUUGCCAACCUGCUCAACCUUCUCUCUAUCGGCGAAUUCAUCAAAGCCGUCGAAAACCUUCUGGAUAGGCCUGACUUGACCUUGCGACAAAAGGUGCUCAAGGCUCUCGAGGCUCGGGUUGAGUCAGAGAGCAACAACAACCCUGAUGCAAGAAUCGCACUUUUGACGUUCCUGCCUCAGCUCACUGCCGCCAUCCGUGAGUCGCAAGACAUUCGCUAUAAGCACACUGCCGUUACAUGUGUGGAUAAGAUUGCAGAGAAGUAUGGCAAGAAGGAUAUCGAAGCCGUCGUUGCUGCGGCAUCUACAAUUGCUGGAGAGCACUGUCUGGGACAGAGUGAGAGGCUUCUACGCACCAUGGCGCUGCUUUGUCUGACUUCCUUGGUGGAUGUCUUGCAAGAAGCCAUUGUCCCAGUGCUGCCGCUUGCUGUGCCAAGGGCCAUUGCCUAUUUGGAGCAGAGCCUGGAUGCGGACUCUGUAGAUGAGGAGCUACACUCGGCCAGUUACGGUCUCCUAGCCUCGCUUGCAGAGCACUUGCCUUACAUGUUGUCCACUUAUAUGGACGACAUAUUGCGUGUAUCAAACACCUCGGCUACCGCUGACCUGGAGGCUGAGACCAAUGGCAACCGCGUGCUUUGUCUCGAGGUCCUUGCCAAGAAGAUGGAUGCUAAGGAAAUGCUUAUGAGUUUAGAUCGCAAUUGGGAAUCUGCCCUGUCGGCGGGUCCUUUGGUGAGUAAUAUCUCACAAUCAGUCGCAAAACGUGGGGCAGUUACUAACGGGAUGACGCGCCAGGCCUUGACUGAAUUUAUCAAGAUCCUCGGCACAACUAUCGAAAGCCAGUCGAAGGGAGUAGUUGCCAAGAAUUCUGGUGUUAUCUCUGGUAUUUUCUUAAAGGCUUUUGAUCUUCGACGCCGCAUCCUUUUAGCCGGUGAAGGUGGGGAGAAGGUUCUGCGGCAAAUAUCGGAGCUGGAAGCUGCAGUGUAUGAAACGGCGCUGAAGAUGAUUUACAAGCUGAACGAUGCUGCAUUCCGCCCCGUUUUCCAGCAGUUUGUCGAGUGGCCUGGCUCCAAGGUGGCGAAAUCGGACAGCACCGGACGCGCGUUGCAGCAGCUUGCCGUGUACGGGUUCCUUCAAACCUUUUUCGACAACCUCAAGUCGAUUGUGACGAAUUACGCUACGUACGUGCUGGACGAUGCAGUCAAGAUUCUCGGCCAGAUUCAGCCACAGGCGAAUGAUGAGAGCCGAGACUUGUGGAGACGGGUGCUUGGCACGCUGAGCAAGUGCUUCGAGCACGACCAGGAUGACUUUUGGCAGGCGCCAGCACACUUUGAAGCGAUUGCGCCGGUGCUGCUGCAACAGUUCCUGCUGGCCCCGCAGAUGGAUAUGGAAACAGAUUUGAUCCCUGCGACGGUGGAGCUAGCUGCGGCGGCGGAUUCGCAGGCACAUCAAAAGGAACUCAAUUCGGGUCUGCUGCUGCACCUGCGCUCGGAGCAGACGGCUGUGCGACUGGCAGCGGUCAAGUGUGAGCAGGCGCUGACGGACAGGCUGGGUGAGGAGUGGAUGUCUAUGCUGCACGAGAUGCUGCCGAGGAUCAGCGAGCUGCAGGAGGAUGACGACGAAGUUGUGGAGAGGGAGACUCAUAGAUGGAUCGUCAAGAUUGAGGGCGUACUAGGCGAGAGCCUGGACGCAAUGCUGCAGUAA